CUCUUUUGGAUCACCGGAAAAGCGGUGUCACAUCUCCUAAGUAUCCACAGACACUCCAUUUUACUUGUACUGUCAAACCCUGUCUAUUCUUGGGCUUCUUAAAUACGACAGCCCUUCUCUGGAACUACAAGCUCAAAAUUGCAGCUCGAAGUCCACCCUUCCACGAACUAUCGUCGAAGCGGGAAGGCUCCCGCAUUUAGUGUCUCUAGACCAGGGUUCCGACGAUCAAAGAUCCCUGUUCAUGUUGUCAUUGAAGUCCCUCAAUAUCAAUCUUCACUCUCAACCCUCACAUUCCUAAUUCACACUGGGUAUGAAUCCUUCUCAUAUAGCGAUCCAAGAUGGCAUGGUCAUUAAUCUGUCCGGCAAGUCGAGGAAUCGGCUUCGAAUUAACACGACAAUUACUCCUCACAACUACAAUCCCCGUCGUAGCAACAGCUAGAAAAGACAUCACGAGCGUGAAAAAGAACAUAUUAUCAGACCUCAAAGACGUUGAUCCCUCUCGUCUCAUAGUACUAGAAGUAGACGUCACCGAUGAAGCAACAAUCUCCGCCGCCGCCCAAAAAGCCGCCUCCCUCUUCCCACCAUCCUCAAACCACCACCUCCACCUCUCCUUCUGCAUCCCCGGCAUCCUGCACCCCGAAAAAUCACCCAGCCAACUCACGCACUCUCACCUCCUCCAAACCUUCGCAAUCAACACAAUAGCCCCCAUGCUCCUCUCCAAACACUUCUCCCCCUUCCUCCCCAAGAAAUCAACCUCCCUCCCCUCCCCCUCAUCACCAGGCCUCCCACCCCACGCAACCUGGCUCAACAUGUCCGCGCGCGUCGGCUCGACGACCGAUAACCGAUUGGGAGGCUGGUAUUCGUAUCGCGCGUCCAAAGCAGGGGUUAAUUCGUUUACGAAGAGUCUGGAUUUGUAUUUGGCGGCCAGAGCGGGGGAGAAGGCGAUGGCGAUAGCGUAUCAUCCGGGGACGGUGAAGACGGGGCUUAGUAGGGAGUUUUGGGGGAAUGUGGAGGAGGGGAAACUGUUUGAGGUGGGGUUUGCGGUGGAGAAGAUGUUGGAGGUUAUGAGGGGGGUGGGCAUCGAGGGGAGGGGGAGGUGUUGGGAUUGGAAGGGAGGGGAGGUUUUGCCUUGA